GUGAUUGACGCUCAAAGCCGCCGCUUGUGCCGACAGCCUAAGAAGUGAAACAUCGGUUGUUGUUGUUGUUGUUGUUACUAAAUUCAAUUGGCAAUUCAUACAAAUUCAUUGAAAUUCAAAUAGAAAACAGUGCUGAAGUGAAGCGUUUACUUUGUAUACUGCAUAUGCUUAGCAUGCUUAAUUCCAUUGGCACUUAUCAACUGUUGCUUAUCACUCGUUACUCGUUCAUUUGAAGCUGUACAUGCACUUCUGUGGAAUAUAUAAUAUAAAGAGGUCAUUUUCAUUAUGCAGCCGGCUGGGGAAUUGAGCAUUUAUACACUGCUACGCAUGGCGUUCAUUUGGCAGCUUGUUUCGUUGGCCAUUUACUUGGUUGGCGCUGUGGCAAUUGGUGCCUAUCUCUACGACAACUUUAGAUCUUUGAUAAGCAUUAUAAAGGCGUUGCUGGAGCCGUACUUUCAGCCGCAGUUGCCGCAAAGUUUAUUGGAUAAGUUUGGCAAAUGGGCAGUGAUAACUGGCGCAACUGAUGGUAUUGGGAAGGAAUACGCCAGAGAAUUGGCACGUCAAGGUCUCAAUUUGGUGCUGAUCUCGCGCACCAAGGAGAAGCUCAUUACGGUAACCAAUGAGAUUGAGAGUGAGCACAAGGUGAAGACAAAAUGGAUAGCCGUAGAUUUUGCCAAGGGACGCGAGGCAUAUGAGCAAAUCGAAAAGGAACUGGCGGGCAUUGAAGUGGGUAUACUUGUCAACAAUGUGGGUCGAAUGUAUGAUUAUCCGGAGACUCUGGAAUUGGUGCCGGAAGAUAUCAUCUGGGAUAUUUUGACCAUCAACAUUGGCGCUGUCACAAUGUUGACUCGCAAGAUAGUGCCUCAAAUGAAAUCGGCCCGGAGGGGUGCGAUUGUUAACAUUGGCUCUGGAUCGGAGCUGCAGCCUAUGCCGAACAUGGCCGUUUACUCGGCCUCCAAGAAAUACGUCACGUAUUUCACACAGGCUCUGGAACAGGAGCUGGCCGAGUUUAAUGUGACCGUGCAACUGGUCAUGCCCAUGUUUGUAAUUACCAAAAUGAAUGAGUAUUCAAACUCGGUUAUGCGCGGUGGAUUUCUCAUACCCAAUGCACACAGCUUUGCUCGCUCGGCGGUCUUCACGCUGGGCAAGACGAACAUGACGACGGGUUUCUGGACGCACGGACUUCAGUACUUUUUCAUGAAGAUGGCCCCGCUGCAUUUGCGGAUGCUUAUUGGACACCAGUUGACUCGGCGUCUUCGUCUCGAAGGUCUAAGCCAAAAGAUGGGGACUUAGUCAUUAAAAUUGUACCGCAUUUAUUUACUUAUUUAUCUUAAGACUUUUGUAAAUAUUGGCGCAUAGUUUUUAUCUUAUUAAAAAAAAAAGAAACUGUAAA